GGGAGGGGAAGGCGCCUACGCGUUGCGUCCUCGGCGCGCGCCGGGGAGCGGACCAGAAGGAAAUCGCUUCCGGUGAGGUUCAGAGGGAGAGCGAGGAAGAGAAGCCGGAUGUCUGCGUUGGGUAUGGGAAUUGGAAGGGGGGUGGGGCUGGAGGUGGGGGGCCGUUGCUUAGGACAGGUGGGGUUUUUUUUGGGGGGGGGGUCCGAGGAGAGCACAGAGGCUGAAGCUACAAUUCCCCUCCCUGCUUUUCUUAGUAGGCGCACCUCCCCCCCUCCACCGUGCCUCCCUCGCCCUCAAACUCUCCUCUUCUCCAGCAAAGCCAAAAUGUUCCUUUAUAAUUUGUUCAGGAGACCGCUGUAAGCAAGUGAAAACAUUAGCAGGAUUUUCAUAACACUUGUAAAGUAGCAAUUAUCAUGGACAAUAUGGAGAGAUAAACAAAAAUGGAUUAUGGAAUCAUAUGCAGUUGGAAAGGUUGACAAAGGGACCCAUGGAGGGGAUGGUGGGAAGCUUGGAGAUUCAGGGAAAUCUCUAAAUAUGGAUAUGUAUUUGAUAUUGUUAUAGCUUUAUAUUUGUAAAAUCAAAUAAAAAUUAUUUCCAAAUAUAUAUAUGUUGCACAUUGGGGAGAAAAUGGGGGGGGGGUCCUCCUCCCUCCCACCCCAGAACUCAAAGCCAAGCAGCAGAAACUUCUGGGCUGCAGAUUCACGGCCGGCAAGCGAGGAGCCUUUGUUUUGCCCAGUGCAGUGUUAUUACAUUUAAGGAACUCGCUGAAACAAGAUGGAAGAGGGAGAAAGGUUACGCUAGUGCAGUUUUAUUUAAACAGAAAUAGAUGGCUUAAUGUUGUUUUUCAAAAGGGGAACUGUCAACUGGUGCUAAGCAUGACAGCAAAGUGGCUGCUGCUGCCCCACCCCCUAAACGAAGGCUGUUUCUGAAAACCGGUUUGGGGUGGGGUUGUUAUUAGGUUUCUCAUCUGCCUAGCGCCGUGAGGUUACAGCAAUAUAAAAAGGCAAUGCUGAAAUCAGUUUAAAAGCAAGCUAGAAGAAUAGGGUGGGUCCUAAAAUAUAUAUUUCUGCUGUCAGAGGCUUGUAGACUCAUGGGAAGUAGCCAGCCAGCCAGCCAGCCAGUGUGGGAAGUGGGAUGUUGGACUAGAAUCCCUUUCUCACCACAUGACAAGCUCCUUUGUUACUGCUGAGCUGUCACUUUCCCGCUCUGUAAUUGUCUUCUCUCUUCACCACCUUAUUUGGAUUACAGCCCAGGAACGCGGGUGGCGCUGUGGGUUAAACCACAGAGCCUAGGACUUGCCAAUCAGAAGGUCGACGGUUCGAAUCCCCGCGACGGGGUGAGCUCCCGUUGCUCGGUCCCUGCUCCUGCCAACCUAGUUCGAAAGCACGUCAAAGUGCAAGUAGAUAAAUAGGUACCGCUCCGGCGGGAAGGUAAAUGGCGUUUCCGUAUGCUACUCUGGUUCACCAGAAGCAGCUUAGUCAUGCUGGCCACAUGACCCAGAAGCUGUACGCCGGCUCCCUCGGCCAAUAGAGCAAGAUGAGCGCCACAACCCCAGAGUCUGUCACGACUGGACCUAAUGGUCAGGGGUCCCUUUACCUUUGCCUUCACCACCUUAUUUGGAUUACAGCCCAGGAAAGGGGGAAAGGCGAUGAAGGGCUGGGGUUGGGGUUAAGGAGAGGCCCUUAGGUUGCAUCUGACACAUGUGCUGGAAUUUCCCCACCCUUGGACUAGAAUUUUGCUGUGAUUGAGCAGGUCUUUUGCAUCUACUACCCACCUGCCUGACCCUACGUUACCUUCAGAUCCACUUCCAUUUGACUUGCUUCUCUCUCUUUUACCCAUUUCUCAUUUCCCUCCUUCUCCUCUUCUGCCCUGCUUAUUUAAUGAAAAGACAGUGACCCCUUAAAGAGACCACAAGGUUCUGUGUUUUAUACAGCAUGUGUGCCUUUGCUAUGGAAUAAAUGUUAAAUAGCCGUUGAUUUCAACCUUGCCUCUGUUAUUAAUGUUUUUGCCACAUUACCUCACCACGGGUAGCUGGAGGAGAUGGUGGUGCCAACCCUGGACAUGCCUGCUCAGCCCAUGGGGAUGGUUGCUGAUGUGGUUUUCGUCAUCGAGGGCACUGCCAAUCUCGGGCCCUACUUCGAGUCCUUGCGCAAGCAUUACCUUCUUCCUGCCAUUGAGUGAGUGUUUUGCAUGGCCCCAGGAUGCAACUGCAGUAGUAGCUUUGUUGCAAGAAAGGAGAGGCUCUUGGGAGACCCUCAUAGGGAAGGAAAUGUUGGGGGAAUGCUCCUUUCACGGGAAGGACUGCAAUCACUCACUUUGCAUCCUAUUUGGAAAUGAGCUUCACUGAAAUCGAUGAGAUUUGAUGCUUAGUAAGAGGCAUUGGAACAAGGGAGUGCAGGAUUAAAAUAUAGUCCAAACAGGGUUUUUCGUCAGCUGAAGAAACAACUGCAAGUAGAAAGAUUUGUUAACUUUCCUGAUCCCAAAUGACAUAAUUUUGGGGCAUGGAGAGGAAUCUAAAUUAAAAGAAAAACACAUUUGCAGAAUUAAACUAUCAUAAAUGAUUUUAUUUAUGUUUGCCCCAGUAACCAGGCAAGUAGAGCAUGGCAAGUGACUAAAUUGGGAAUAGUGAUAAUAGAAAAAAUAAUCCUGUGAUUUCACAUCCUCAAGUGCAUUCCAGUUUCUCUAAUGUGAGCCAGCCCUUCUGCAUUUUUGUCAAAUCUUCUCUUUUAUUGCCAGGUACUUUAACGGUGGUCCCCCUGCUGAAACAGACUUUGGUGGAGACGUAAGUGUGUGGAUGCACUUUUGAAUUUGUUAAUGAAUUCAAGGAAUUUUGUGGGCUCUGAAGAUCACCUUUCUUUGAGUAUACCUAGUUGCUUACUUGCUUACCUGGUUGGUUGGUUGCUUGCUUACUUACUUAAAGCAUUUUUAUCCUACUCUUCAACUGAAAAGAUUAAAUGAUAGUUCCAACCCUAAAGCUCACAAACACACAAUGUCAAAUGAAAAGGGAUAUUGGGGGGAGGGGAGGAGCAAGUAAUUGAAUAAGUCAUUAAGCUGUGCAUGUCAAAGGGUAAGUAGAUAGCACAUGAACACAGCAAUGAUUUCCAAACCUGUGGAGAAUCAUCCACAUGCAGCCAGUGAGCUGCCUGAGAUCUGCCAGUGAGCUAGUAUUAGUUUAGUUUUUCCUGUUUUCAAAAAUAUAUAUAUUUGGGGGUUAAAAUUAAAAAUGUGAGAUGUGACUAAUAACAAUUUCUUCUAUACAAACAACCACACAAAUUUGUGCACACACCUCAAUGGCACAGACACACACUUCCGCAACUUUGUAAAAGUUAAUUUUCAAAUGCCAGAAUUCUUGCAUGUCCAAAGUAGAUUCCCGCAGCCUGUGUGUUGAUCCACAUUCAGUCAUCAGCCUAUUGCUUUUUGUCAUGGGGAGGUGACAGGAGCUGUAACAAGCAAUGGAGUCUCUUUCCCUGGCUGCCCAAAUCUCUAAUCAUACAAUUUUUGGUAAUGUUGUCAUUAUUUAAAAUGUCCUUUUUAAUAAUGAGAACGGGCAGAUUCUCUUAUGAAGAUUGAUCAAAGCACUGGGGGAUAGUCAACAUGGUGCCCUCCGGAUUUAAUAGACUACAAAUCCCAUCACCCCUGACCAUUGGCCAAACUGGCGGGGGAUGAUGGGAGCUGUACCCUCCAUAUCACCUAGAGGGCACAUGUUGGUUACUUUUAAUGGAAGCCAAAGCUCCUGAUUAGCGACACAGCCAAGCAGAAGACCAAUGUCCUUGCUUAUGAUAGUCAGGGUACUGAAAAUUCAUUUGGCCCAGAGCUACCCUAUCUAACCAGCUUCUGCCUCCCAUCCUCAUCUACAGUAUGGUGGUACCCAAUACAGCCUGGUGGUGUUCAAUACGGUGGACUGCGCCCCUGAGUCGUAUGUGCAGUGCCAUGCACCAACUAGCAGCGCUUUCGAGUUUGUCACAUGGCUUGAUAGCAUUCAGUGAGUCUGGGACCGUACAUUAUGUUCUUUUAUUGGCUGCAUUGUGCUACACAAGGGUUGCAUUUUCGUGUGUAAGGGCUUAGUACUGAAGAGGAAUCUGAUGUCUUGUGACUUUUUGCAACCAGGAAAUACGUCUCAGCAAAACAGCACAGCAAAUGUUAUGGGGGAAUAAUGUUCAGUUGCCCUUAGUUUGGGUCCAUGGCCUGCCUCACAAUUAUCUUUCUCCUCUGCUUGUGUAGCAUGCUGAGGCCUAGGUUCAUCUAUGAAGAGAAUGGCCUGGUUGGGAGAGGGAUGGGUCAUCCAUUUCUGGAUGAUGGAAUGGAAGGAAAAGCUUCUGGGUUUUCUAGGAUUGGUAUCCAAGGUCUUCCAAGUUUCCUGGGAAACAUAUGAAGUCCUAUCUCUGAAUCUUGUCUCCAUGGAUUCACAAAUAUUUUAUUAGCUCUUUCAAGUUAAUCAAUUUAAAGGAUUUGGGUGGUAGACCUGGGAAAGAAUCUCUGCAUAAAACCUUGGGAGAUCCACUGCCAACUGGAGUAGACCAGCCUUCUCCAAGCUGGUGCCCACCAGAUGUUUUGAGCUACAACUCCUCAGCCCUAGCAAGCGAUACAAAAGGUUGGGGAUAAUGGGAGUUGUACUUCAAAACAUUUGGAAGUGAUCAAGGUCAGGUUGAGGAAGACUGGAAUAUUGGAUUAGCUGGACCAAAAGCUUGAUGGUAUUUAGCAUUUUUGUGUAUGCCUCAGCUCUGGGGUUUGAGAAGGAGACCUUUGGUUCCCUGCACUGUUCCUCUUUAUCAUUUUGGUUUCCCUAAUUUCAGAUUUGUGGGUGGUGGCGGUGAGAGCUGCAGUCUCAUCUCAGAAGGCCUCAGCACCGCUCUGCAGCUCUUUGAUGACUUCAAAAAGAUGAGAGAGCAAAUGUAAGUGGAUUUUUGUGUGAAGGGAGGGCAGAAAGGAUACAAUGGGUGUGCAUCUGUGUUUAAUACUUACAGAACAUUAGAUGUUUAAAAUUGUGAAACCUUUUCGCUUUGCUUUGUGGUUUCCCUAGAUCUGGAGUUGUUUUGCAGAAAAAGGGCAAAAACAUCAGUCCAGGUUGCAUGCCAUAUUGAAAACAAACUACUUCUGUUUAAUGUGAUUGAGCAGUGUGCUGGUGCACUGUACUGUAUUGUUCUUGCUCUGCUACUCCCUUCCUCCUGCUGCUGGGAUACAAAUGUUAGUCCAGCUUGUUAUGACAUCUGAACUCCAAACAGAUCCCAAGCAGUAAGCCAAGAGCAUACCUUGAUCACUACAGUCGUACUUUGGUUCUCAGAUUUAAACCGUUCCAGGAGUCUGCUCGACUCCCAAAAUGGUUCAAAAACCAAGGUGCAGCUUCCGAAUGGCUGCAGGAGUUUCCUGCAGCCAAUCAGAAGCCGCUUCGGACAUUCGGCUUCCAAAAAACGUUCGCAAACCGGAACACUCACUUCCGAGUUUGCGACGUUCAGGAGCUGAUUUGUUCGACAUCUAAGGCGUUUGACUACCAAGGUAUGACUCUACUGGGUUGUGUUUCUUGUCAUGGUGUUUUUCAGAACCAUUUGUGAUUUCCUUUGGAAAGUCAUAAGAUACCUAGAAAUGAAAGGUCUCAUGGGUGGGGGUGGCGCUUGAGCUUCUGUGCCAACUAUGGAAGCUUUUUCAUGCCCUUGUUUGUUUGUUUUUUAAAUUAUGUGCUUCCCAUCUCCCCAAGUGGCUCAGAGUUCCUGGGGCAGCUACACCAGCUGUUGUUUUUAGAUGAUUUACAAAUUGCUUACAUUUUAGGGGUGAAAUAUAAGCAGUUUACAAUAUAUCUUAACAUCCUCAAUAAAGAUCAAAUACAAACAAUGCUAUAAAAGUACCUGUAUUACAAACACCACCAUUAAGUAGGGCAUCCUCUUAAACAUCAGAAUAAAUAUUAGACAUGAAAGUUGACUACAAAAAUGCAAUGGAAAUCCCACAUUUUAGAACAAGUUAACUGAACAAAGCAUCUUCUAAACUUCAGUAUAAAAAAUUACAAGUGGAAAUUAACUACCGAACGAUAUAUUCCGUAUUUUGAAUUAACCUAAUCGUUAUUUUCGGAGAGAGCACAGGAGAUACAUUCAAAUACAGUGAUACCUUCCAUCUCAAACUCCUAGGCUCCCAAACAAAUUGGCUCCCGAAUGAUCGAAGCCUGGAAGUGAGUGUUCCGGUUUUCGAAUGUUCUUUCGGAAGCCGAACAUCCGAUGGAGCUCCUGCAGCCAAUCAGAAGCCACGCUUUGGUUUCCAAACGUUUUGGAAGUUGAACAGACUCCCGGUACCGAUUCUGUUCGACUUCCAAGCUACGACUGUACUUGCUUUAGUUGCAAAUAUUGAAGCAGAGUUGAAGGCAGUUUCAUCCCUGAAAGCUGAAGGGAAAGCAAUUGCUUUCCUGAAAGCUAGGACUGGGGAAUCUCCAGGUGGGACGCUCGAGGCUCAGGUCAGCAGGACGUUGCAGAUGGGCUGAUGUGCACCUCCUCACAAUCCCUUCUCACUUUAUUCCCCCAUGGGUUCUUUGAGCAUCUUAGUAGUGCCAUCAGAACGCUACAUUGCUUUUGAAAACCUAACUGUAUCAAAGCACUGCACGCUUGGACCUUUUGGUCCCCAAGACUCACCUGUUUCUCCCCCCACUCCCCAUGUUCUCCCCCCAAACAGAGGUCCCACACAUAAAGUCUGCAUCCUAAUCUGCAACUCCCCGCCCUACCUGCUUCCAGCUGUGGAGAGUACCACAUACUCUGGCUACACAACAGAGAAUUUGGUGCAGAAGAUUGGUGAUGUGAGUAGAAGAAGCUUGGUUGUAACUAGACUCCUCGUUUCUCCAGAUUCAUUCAUUCAUUAUUACAUUUUUAUACACCUUUUCUUCUAAGGAGAUCAAGGUGGUGUUUAUUGUUCUUCCUCUUCCCCAGUUCAUCCUCACAACCAAACCAAGAUAGGCUUGUUGUCGUUUAGUCGUUUAGUUGUGUCUGACUCUUCGUGACCCCAUGGACCAGAGCACGCCAGGCACUUCUGUCUAAGAUAGGAUUAGUUCAGGGAUAUUUAAAAAAUAAUAAUUUUAUAAGUCAUGCGUCCUUGUUUCUCAAUUUGAUCAUUUUAUGUGGUUUUGUACAUUUUGUGUUACUUGUAGCUUUGUAAGCUUUUGUGGUAUUUUAUGCAUUGUUGCUUUUUUUUAUUAUAGUUUAGUCUUUGUCGUAACUGUUAAGUGUAAACCAUUUCAUUGUUAUUUGCCGAUAUUCAGUUUUACCGUUUGCUGUUGAACGCUAAUGGAUUAUUGGAUAUUGCUUUAUUUGAUCUAAGUUGUUUAUUUUAAAAUUAUGCUUUUAUUGUGGCUUUUUUGUGUGUGUUGGAUCAGAUUUGUUAUGAGGCGUGUGAUGAUCUUCGCUGUCUAUUCUGUUGCUUCUUCAGCUUGUAAACCGCCUUGCGUGUAGCAACGUAGAAAGGCGGCAUACGAAUUAAACAUGACAUGAAAUUGAAAUGAAAGGUGGGGCACCAUGUUCCCUCCUCUGAUCACCUACCAGGAUUCCUUCCCACAUGCCAGUCGGAGUUAGACAGUUCAGGGGAUUUGGGGAGCUUUUAGGGGUCUCCUUUCAACAUGGGAAUGUGGGAAUUGAUGCUUCCUCUGCUCACCUGCUCCGUCUCUGUUCCGCAGCGUGGGAUCCACUUUUCCAUUAUCUCCCCCCGGAAGCUCCCUGCACUGCGCAUUCUCUUUGAAAAGGCCGUGACGGGGGGCAUGAUGGAGGGCCAGCUCAAGGACUACAGCCAGGACCCCCGGCAUAUGAUCCUCAUACGCGGCAUGGCUCUUCCAGGUAAGAUCUGGCCUGGGAACAAGCUGUGGGCAGGCUCUAAGAAGCAUCACACACACCCUUUGAGUCAAGAAAGGGUCUUGGACAUGUGUUUACUGCAGGGUGAUAGCCGUGCAUCAGGCUCUAGGACUGUGCUCUACAACAGAGAACUGUUUAUGGACUACAGUUCCCAUCAUCCCUGACCAUCUGCUAGCUAGGGAUGAUGGGAGUUUUAGUCCAAAAACAACCGGAAGACCCAAGCUUGGUAAACCUUCUGUUUACUGAUAUUUUUUGCCUUUCCGCUAGUCUGCUCAAGGAGGACAGAUCAGUCUCCUUCCAGCCUGUGCUGGUUUCACACCUGUCAAUUCAGAACUCUGUUCUUACUCAUUUCUGCAGUGAUCGGCCACAAACGGUCUAAUGGACACCACAUAUUUAAAUGCAGCUUUUGAACAUAUUUUACCCUACAACAGCCAUUCUAGUAUGCAUUUUGGUACGUUUCUUGAGCCGAGAACUGCAUUGCAACAUUUGGAGAGCGGGAAACCUGAAAGAUAACUGUGUUCUGAUCCAUACACGGGCCUGGGGCGUGUGUGUUAGCUCUGUCCCUAUCAGAAGGAACAGAGGACUCAAACAUCCCCUGCACUCGGGGUGUUGAGCAGCACUUGGACUAGAGAAGUUGGGCUAAACGAAGAUCAAGAUAAUUUUAACAGUAGAAAAUGGAGCAGGGAAUUAUAGGGACAGAUCUACCUAAAUUGUAUAGAAAUUUGUUUACCGUAUUUUUCGCUCUAUAAGACGCACCAGACCACAAGACGCACCUAGUUUUUGGAGGAGGAAAACAAGAAAAAAUUAUUCUGAAUCUCAGAAGCCAGAACAGCAAGAGGGAUCGCUGCGCAGUGAAAGCAGCAAUCCCUCUUGCUGUUCUGGCUUCUGGGAUAGCUGCGCAGCCUGCAUUCGCUCCAUAAGACGCACACACAUUUCCCCUUUUUAGGAGGGAAAAAGUGAGUCUUAUAGAGCAAAAAAUACGGUAUGUAUGCUACUACAGCAGCAAGAUUGCUACUUGCCCAAAAGUGGAAGAAGCAGGGGUCCCAGUAAAGGAAGAAUGGAUACAAAAAAUUAUGGAAUAUGCAGAAAUGGCGAAACUUACUGGAAGAAUGAGAAAUCAAGAUAACCAACAUUUUAUUUUGAAAAAUGGAAAUGGUUUAUUGAAUACUUACAGAUAAAUUGUAAACAGAUGAAAACAUUAGCAGGAUUAUUGUAGUAACCUGCAGUUUCAUAAGAGUAUAUAUCUACAGUAGAUAAUUAAAUGAGCAAGCUAAAGGAAUUUGGAUAUGCAGAAGAUAUUAAAAAAUAAAUUGAAGGAACUGCAGAAAGAGGGGUUCGGAAGUCAAAUUUUGAAAUGUUAAAUUGAUUGUAAAACUAAUGAAAUGUAUUGAUUUGGAAAGUAUAAAUAAAAACUUUUUUUAAAAAAGGAAUUCAAAAAAAGAAAAUGGGGCGGGGGAAUGUUAGUCCCUCUUCUGUUACCGGCAGCAGGAGGGUUGAGUCAUGCGCACAUCCUAGUGUAUGGGGGUUGUGGGGAGAGAAGUGUCUGUUGCGCACUUCCUGCUGAUGACUAAUAUCUCCCCUGUCUUUUCCAUUUGCAGUAGGCGGAGGAGCAGCCGCCAACACGCUGCAGGCCAAGCAAGCCGUGCCCCAGCCCCAGCUCCCCACAGUUCCACCCCAGCUCCCUCCCACCCCACCUCAGGCCCUGCCGGCAGUUUCUCAGCCAUACCAGGUACAUCCUUUGCCCUGGUAGGUGGCGGUGGUGGGAUGCCGCCUCCCGAAAGCUCAUCCCUCUCCAAUCUUGCCCAUCUCUUCUUUUUAGGUGACGCCAUCGGCUACGCUCACUGCGGCCCAGGCUGCAGCUCAGUCUGCCGUGGAGGCGGCCAAGAACCAGAAAGCCAGCUUGAGCAACCGCUGUGAGUCCCUCGUCUGUUCCCCCAGGAUUGGGGUUUCUUGGGGAGGAAAGGAGGCUGCAGGCUAAAGAGGGGUGAGGCAGUGGAAUUUUUCGUGGUGGAAUACAGUGGUACCUCAGGUAACAUGCACUUCAGGUUACAUGCACUUCAGGUUACAGACUCCACUAACCCAGAAAUAGUGCUUCAGGUUAAGAACUUUGCUUCAGGAUGAGAACAGAAAUCGUGCUCUGGCGGCAUGGCAGCAGCAGGAGGCCCCAUUAGCUAAAGUGGUGCUUCAGGUUAAGAACAGUUUCAGGUUAAGAACGGACCUCCGGAACGAAUUAAGUACCGUAUUUUUCGCUCUAUAAGACGCACCAGACCACAAGACACACCUAGUUUUUGGAGGAGGGAAACAAGAAAAAAAAUAUUCUGAAUCUCAGAAGCCAGAACAGCAAGAGGGAUCGCUGCGCAGUGAAAGCAGCAAUCCCUCUUGCUGUCCUGGCUUCUGGGAUAGCUGCGCAGCCUGCAUACGCUCCAUAAGGCGCACACACAUUUCCCCUUACUUUUUAGGAGGGAAAAAGUGAGUCUUAUACAGCAAAAAAUACGGUACUUAACCCGAGGUACCACUGUAGUUAGGGGCAGAGGUGUCAGCUUGCAAGGGCGAUUGGGGUAGGGAGAGGAAAUGUCCUGAUGUUGGGGUUCAUGGUGGCUGGUCCCGUGACCGUAUUUCCUUCUGUCUCUUCCAUAGUUGCCUCCUUGAACCCCAUGCAGCCUGCCUUCAGCCAAGCUCCCGCACAGACCCUCCCCGCAGGCUCUGUACCAGCCCUGCCUCCCAAGCUCCCGGCUUCUUCGCAGGCCAGUCUGGUCUCCACGGUAACCACAGGCUCCGGCCUCCUGGUCCCACAACCAGUACAGGCCCCGCCACCGGCUGGGCCCUCAGCCAUGGUAUGUACGGUAGGCCCCCGGAGGUCUUUGCGUGAGAUGCGUGUGGAGGGGAGAGGUGUGUGUAUCUUUGGGGGGGGGGGAGGCCGCCUUGUCCUUCGAGAAGCGGUUGUGAGAUGUAUGCUUCGCGCAAAGGGUGACGGCCGAAACACUAUCAGAACACUCAGUUUGCAGGGAAUGCUUUGGAAAAGGAGUGUGCCAAAUUCUCCUCUUGGCUCUCAAACCGGCUGCAAGCAACUGGUUCAUUUUGCUGUUGCUUUAUUCCACCUCCCCACACUUGCCUCUGCACAGGACAUAAUGCGAAGAGAUCCAAUUUCUUUUCUUUAAUGAUUCUUAAUUAAAAUGCAAACUCAAGAAUAAAACAAAAUCACAAAAACAGGUAUGAAAUAUUGAAGCUGAGACAUUGGGUUGUCGUUUUUAUUCUGAUUAUGUAUUUGUGGUUUUACAUUUUGAUUUUAUUCUGUGAACCGCCCUGAGACCUCUGGGUAUGGGCCAGUAUAUUAAUAAGAAUAAGAAUAAAAAGAAUAAAAAUAAAUAAUAAUAAUAAUAAUAAUAAUAAUAAUAAUAAUAAUAAUAAUAAAACUUCAUUGAGAACAGAUAUUUACUUACAAGCUGAUAUACAGAUGCUAUUUAACCCCAAAGAAGCUACCUCAAAUGCACAGAAAUGUAUCAAACAAGUGUUGGAAAUGCAAGGACUGUGAGGGGUCGUUCUGUCAUACGCGGCGGACUUACAGGAAGGCAUAUAUAAUGAAAUUAAGGACAAUCUUAAAGUGACUUUCCCAAGAGGCCAGGAUCCUUCCAGCUGGGCAUACUAGACAGCGAAAUCCCAAAGGAAGCCUCGGCAGUAUUUAUGUCUGUGACUACGCCACAAAUUCUGUGUGCUCACAAAUGGCAGGAGAAGAGAACAUCCUCAAAGGAAGAAUGUUUGAUGAAAAUCUUGGAAUACACAGAGAUGGCAAAAUGGAUGACGUUGAUAAAAGAUACGAGUUUAGAAUCUUUUAAAGAAGACUGGAAACCCUUUCUAGUCCACAUUCGAAGAUCAUAGCGAGGUUUGAAGUGUUAGAAAACAGCAGAAACCCAUAUUAAGGAACAUGAUAAAGAGGGAUGAAAUGAAAUAAGGUGGAACCUUAAGACGCAAUUGUAUGUAAUUUGGGUUAUAGACAUCGAUGUUGGGUGAGCGGGAAGUCACUUGUUUUGUUAGAGUACCGUAGUAUCUCAGAAGUCAAAUGGAAUCUGUUCCGAAAGUCCAUUUGACUUCCAGAACAUUCAGUAACCAAGGCGUGACUUCUGAUUGGCUGCAGGAAGCUCCUGCAGCCAAUCAGAAGCUGUGGAAGCAGCGUCAAGGCGUUCAGGUUCCAAAGAACGUUCGCAAACCGGAACACCCACUUCCAGGUUUGUGGCAUUUGGGAGCCAAAACAUUCGAUUCGCAAGGCGUUCGGGAUCGAGGGUACGACUGUAUAAUCGUUGAGUAACGAAUGGAAAUAAAAUAAAAGAUCAUUAUAAAAAGAGAACAAAAGUUUACAGACAUGUGAGAAAAGCCCUCUGGAAAUCAACGGCCUCAGGGCCUGGUCUCAAGAGCGUUGGGCUCCAGACCCUGGUAAAACACAGCCUGGGCUCCCAAACAUUAUGUCUCUCUCUUUUCUCCCCACCCCACAGCCUAGUGGCGUCCCUCCCAACAGCAUGAACGUGGCUCAGCCAGCGCAGCCACAAAUCGGGGCCACACAGCAGUCGGUCACGAACAAGGUGAUAGCGUGGAGCGGCGUGUUGGAGUGGCAGGAGGUGAGAGCUGACUCGUGGCGUGGGGGAAGGGUGAGCCGAGAGCACAGAACCGGUUUUGCCUGGCAUGUUUUGACAGUCUGCCCCAUCCCUCUUCCCCCAGAAGCCCAAGCCGGCUUCAGUGGAUUCCAACACCAAGCUGACUCGUUCCCUGCCCUGCCAGGUGUACGUCAAUCAAGGAGAGAACCUGUGAGUGCCUGUCUGCGGGUCACCAAAGGAGGGGGAGCGUGCGGUGGUCAAUGGCUACGGGGCAAAAUAUAGCGAUAUUCUGCCUCCACUGUCAGAGGCACCGAGUUUCUGGGCACCGGAAGUAGCGAGAACUCAGCUGUGAUCAGGGGCUGCUUGCGGGGUUUCCCAUAGGCAUAUUGUUUAAUUAUCUGAUGGAUCAAGUGGUUGCAUUUGUAUCCCAUCUUCUUCUCUAAGGAUCUCCCAGGCCCUAGGUCAGCACUCUAACCACUGCUCCGCACUGCCUCUCAAAGGCGUCAGGAUUUGAACCAGGGGCCUCUUGAUCUGCGGUCAAACGCUCUGCCCUUCUUUGGGCUGCUGUGAGGAGACCAGAUGAGCCAUUUGGACCGAUCUAGCGCUGUGGGUUAAACCACAGAGCCCAGGGCUUGCCGAUCAGAAGGUCAGCGGUUCGAAUCCCCACAACGGGGUGAGCUCCCAUUGCUCAGUCCCAGCUCCUGCCAACCUAGCAGUUUGAAAGCACACCAAAGUGCAAGUUGAUAAAUAGGUACUGCUCCAGCGGGAAGGUAAACGGCGUUUCUGUGCGCUGCUCUGGUUCGCCAUAAACGGCUUAGUCAUUCUGGCCACAUGACCCGGAAGCUGUACGCCGGCUCCCUUGGCCAAUAAAGCGAGAUGAGCGCCGCAACCCCAGAGUCGGCCACGACUGGACCUAAUGCUCAGGGGUCCCUUUACUUUACCUUAGCGGGGCUUUUCCGAAUGCUAAGCUAGAGAGCCGUUGUUUGUGGUGAGGCAGCCACGCUGGAGUAAAGACAGACUUAAGAUACAGGAGGAAUGGCCAUGGGGGCAUGGUUCAGAGUUAGGUAAGUUUUCGGAAAAGGAUGCCAGCAAUGCAAGUGGGCAAGGAGCUUCUGAUCCCAUCUCAGCCAUGCUCUUGUUUUGUUUCUAAGGGUGCUUGGGAAGGAUCUGGGGGCAAGAACAGGUGCAGCUGUCUUUAAAUUCCAAAAGAAUAGCAGCCUCCCUGGUUUGUGAAAAUUAAUGGGGGAAGGAUACAUUUGUCGUAACCCGAGGUGGAGAACCUCUAAACCAGGGGUGGCAAGAUGUCUCCAGAUCCUACCAUCCCUGACUAUUUGGCCAUGCUAUCUGGGGCUGAUGGGAGACGGAGUCUUUUAAAAAAAAUCUGGAGGUUCUACAAGUUCGCCACUAACGCUGUCAGUCUUGAGAAUUGCCGGAUAAGGCUCCUUUCCUUUUUUUGAGAAAGUACCGUAUUUUUCCAUCUAUAAGACGCCCCCAUGUAUAAGAUGCCCCUGUUUUUGAGGACUCCGAUUUAAGAAAAUGGGGGGGAGAUGGCCCCCAUGUAUAAGACGCCCCCAAAUUUUGGACAUUAUUUUUAAGGGGGGAAACAUAGUCUUAUACACGGAAAAAUACGGUAGAUCUAAUCAGGUUGCUUGGAGCGGGGCCUUCUCGGUGGUUGCAGCUGCCGAGUGGCCUCCUUAGGGAAUCCCAAUGAGUUUUUCUCCUGGCUGAUGGUCAACAUGUUGUGAAGAUCUCCACCCCCACCCACCCCCAUCCCCAGGAGUUUUAAGCUGAAUUUGGUGGCUAUGUGGAUGCAUGAUAUCUCCCAUCGGCGUGUUUCCUCGUUGGAUUUUUGUCAUUGCUAAUUGCUUAUUAAACGUGUUAGAUAUUUUGCGGCUGCGCGUAGCCUUAUUUUAAGGAGCAAUUAGUACACCAGGUUAAUAUGCUGUGGCGUUGCAGGGGGCAGGGCAUGCUGCUAACUUGCCUGUUUUUUGCUCCAUUCCAGGAAGGCGGAACAGUGGCCCCAAAAGCUCAUCAUGCAGCUGAUCCCCCAGCAGCUUCUGGUAAGAGGCGAGAUCAAGGUGGUUGUAGGUGGAGCCUGUCAUAGUGUUAGGCUAUAACCCAGGGGUGGAGGGCUUUUUCCAGCUCGAGGGCCACAUUGCUUUCUGUGCAGCCUUUCAGAGGCCGCAUGCCAGAGGUGGUAGAGGUCACAGGCAAAAAAUAAAUAAAUAGCCAGUGCAACUACUAAACCUUGCCAUUGUACAGGAUGCUGGUUUCAACACACAGUUGCACAUCCCUCCCUGUCACGGCUAAAAAUUGGCCGCUGUUUCUUUGAUGCUAAAAGAACUAAGUCAGCAUGAGCCAGCGGCCUACAAUGACUCAUGCAACCUUUCACCAAAUUAUACCUGUAUAUAUAGAGUGGUCAGUGUUAGUGUUGAGUGUGGGUUGGUUGGAUGGUAGAAAGCCGGUUGCGUUUGGUGUGUGUAAAAGCUGUCGGUCGUGGUUGGAGAAGAAGACUUUUUAAGAAUAAAAGCAGCAACACUCUGCAAGAAUACUCUUUCUCAAAGACACUUUUGUGCCAACUAAGGUCCAAGGACUAGGCAACAAAGUAAAAAGGAGGUCAGAACCUUUUCUUUUUCAAACACUGUCACUCCCUACUAUUCAUUUGUGCAAGAGAAAGGCCCUCAUCCAGCCCACCAGUGCAGCCAAGCACCAGUUUAAGACAGUUACAGCCUCCUCUCCUGAUUCAAAUCACACACAGAGAGAGACAGAGAGCUUGGCACCAUGAGCACAUUGAUGACGUCACGCCCCCAAUCUCCUAAUGGCCGCUCCUGAGCAGCAUCUGUGUUUUUAACGUAUCAUUUUUGUUUGUUCAAUUUGGUCAGCGAUAUCUUUAAGCUACUGAGAGAUCAAACAGGAGCAACAUAAGUUGCACCUAUGCUGCAUCAGGUGCGGCGCUCGAUUGGCUGCACGACUGAGUUUGAAACUCCCUUGUGCAGCCAAUCCCUGCAGAAAACAGCCAGUCCAGCCCGCUUGCUUGGGGAGUCCCAGGUCUCUUGUGUUAGUUUCUGUUUUGUGCCACUGUGCAGCUGCUUGGGAUCACAGGACUCUGUUUAGAUUCCAGAGACCUUCCAGGCUGUUGGAAGUCUCACGGAGAUGGGAGACGGAUGUGACAUACUGGUUUCCUUUGUUCCUUUGUUUCAGUUGCUCUCUGCUUUCAUAGAGAGAGGAUGUAUUUUUGGAGAGCCAGUGUAGUGUAGUGGUUAGGAGCGGUAGACUCGUAAUCUGGUGAACCGGGUUCGUGUCUCUGCUCCUCCACAUGCAGCUGCUGGGUGACCUUGGGCUAGUCACACUUCUUUGAAGUCUCUCAGCCCCACUCACCUCACAGAGUGUUUGUUGUGGGGGAGGAAGGGAAAGGAGAAUGUUAGCCGCUUUGAGACUCCUUCAGGUAGUGAAAAAGCGGGAUAUCAAAUCCAAACUCCUCUUCUUCUUUUCUGUCUGCGUAGCUUAUAAAUAAAACUCUUUGCAAUGUAGCCAUAAAUCUCAUCACUUCCGCAUGCUGCUGGAAACUCUGCUUAAUGGGAACGUGCGCGAGGCCUCAUCAAAGGCUCAGGUCGUUAAUUAUUCUUCGGAGGCGAUUCCGAAGGCUCGGCCGGAGGAAAAUGAGGCUUUAUCAGCUUGGCCGAGCGGAGAUGGCGACAUCUUGCACUGCAGUUCCCAGACACCCAGCAACCAGCUGGCUGCCGGGUGCUUAGGAAGCAUUGUGCAAGAGACUUGCAGCCCACCUGCCAGUUAAUAAUAAUAAUAAUAAUAAUAAUAUUUUUUUUUAUUUAUAUCCCACCCUCCCCAGCCGAAGCCGGGCUCAGGGCGGCUAACAACAAUAAAAUAGUACAACAUUCUAAAAUCAUUUCAUUAUAAAAUUAAUUCAACUCAAAUUGAUGGCAACCAUUGGGCUAAAGUUCUGUAAAGAUUGCCAAAGGAGGGCGUCAGGCUGUACCCUGACCAAAGGCCUGGUGGAACAGCUCUGUCUUGCAGGCCCUGCGGAAAGAUGUCAAGUCCUGCAGGGCCCUAGUCUCUUGUGACAGAGCGUUCCACCAGAUUGGAGCCAUAGCCAAAAAAGCCCUGGCUCUGGUUGAGGCCAGCCUAACCUCUCUGUGGCCUGGGACCUUCAGGAUGUUUUUGUUUGAAGACCGUAAGUUCCUCUGUGGGACAUACCAGGAGAGGCGGUCCCGUAGGUACGAGGGUCCUAGGCCGUAUCCUAGUUAUCCUGCGAUGCAGUGGUGUCAGGCGAUGGGAUGCAGGUGGGUUGUCAAAGCGGAGUUACAGAUAGCAGAUGGGCUCACCCAAAAACGUUUGGUUUGCCGUGCGCAAGCUCAGGCUCCUAACUGUGCUUUUCCUUUUCCCCUGCAGACGACUCUGGGCCACCUCUUCCGCAACUCGCGCAUGGUGCAAUUCCACUUCACCAACAAGGACCUGGAAUCACUCAAGGGCCUCUACCGCAUUAUGGGCAACGGAUUUGUAAGGCACUAUAGGGGAUGGGGGGCGCGUAACUCAGGUGAUUCGGGUGGCAUCUCCUCAGGGUGGGUUGGGCAUGUCAGGCCAGUCAACAUGAUUAUACAAGCCUCCCAUAUCUCUCUGCAAACCGACCGACCGAUCGGUGCGUCUGGCUGUUAACCAGAAGGUUGGUGGUACAAACCCACCCAGGGACAGCUGCGGGCAGGAUUCCUCCAUGGCAGGGGGUUGGAGUAGAUGACCCUUGGGGUUGAGGAUACGCAGAACACAAGGCAAAUGCAGGAUUGAUUCCCAGUUGCCCCACCACACUACUUUCUUGCCAGAGUGGCUGUUCAGUUUUGAACAUCCCUGAUGGUAGGAGGUGGGUUUUUCACCCGGAGGGUGGCUUCCCUUGGGAAUUCAAUUUCUUCCCAUGGGGGACACAGUCUUGCAACAGACAAACCUUGGCCAUAGAGGGCAGAACCUCCCAUUUAUAGGCGGAGCUUCUUGGUUAUGGGGACGGAACCAUCAUCUUCUGAAUCAGGCAGCAAUAAUAAUAAUUAUAAUUAUAAUUAUUAUAAUAAUUUUACUAUUUGUACCCUGCCCAUCUGACUGGGUUGCCCCAGCCACUCUGGGCGACUUCCAGCAUAUUUAAAACAUAACAAAACAUUAAAUGUUAAAAACAUCCCUAUACGUGGCUGCCUUCAGACGCCUUCUAAAGGUUGCAUGGUUACUUAUUUCCUUGACAUCUGACAGGAGGCCGUUCCACAGGGUGGGCGCCACCACCGAGAAGGCCCUCUCCCUGGUUCCCUGUAACUUCACUUCUUGCAGUGAGGGAGCCACCAGAAGACCCUGGGAGCUGGAUUUCAGCGUCCAGGCUGAACGAUGGGGGUGGAAAGGAGGGGGGGCAGAUAAUUUUCUCUGUGGGCCGGAUUCUGUAGCACAGGGGUGGCUAACCUGCGGCUUCCCAGCAGGCGUUGCUGAGCUCCAUCUCCCAUCGCCCCGACGAUUGGCCUUGCUGGCCCCGGGGGCUGCUGGGAGUUGGCGCCUCAGCUGCGCCCAGAGGGCCGCAGGUUAGCCACCCCUGCUUUAGCAGAUGCAUCCUUCUCGUCGUCACAUGAGCAGGCGGGCUGCGUCCACUUCCCUCACACGACGCCCUGCGAGGUGCGGGUGCUGAUGCUUCUCUACUCCUCCAAGAAGAAGAUCUUCAUGGGCCUCAUCCCCUACGACCAGAGUGGCUUUGUCAACGGCAUUCGGCAGGUCAUCACGAACCACAAGCAAGUCCAGCAGCAAAAGGUGCGGGCAGCUGUUUCCCCUGAAGGCACAGCUCUGUUCUCUCCGGCUGCGUACCACAAUACGUUCAGAGUGCAUUUUUCUCCUCAGAGAAUUCUGGGUGCAGCUGUUGUUUCAGAAGUGUUUCUGGAAACUGUAGCGAUGUGAGGAAACCGCAAGGCCCAGAAUUCUUUGAGAGGAAAAACAUGCUUCAAAUGUGCUUUUUAAUAGUUAGUUCAAAGGUAUACAGAAAUGCAUACCCUUUGCAAAAGUAUCUUUUUUAUAAUACACAGAGAUAAAACAGCUGCUUAAUAUAAAGAAAGAACAAGGGCAGAAAGGAGAAAAGAAAAGAAUAACCUAAAGAGAUGCAGUGAUACCUCGUGUUACAGACGGGAUCCAUUCCGGAGGCCCGCCCGUAAUGUGAAAUCCCCAAAACUCAAAGCGCUGUGUCUGCGCAGGCACGCGGCGCGAUUUGGCGCUUCUGUGCAUGUGCGAAGCGCGAUUUAGCGCUUCUGCACAAGCGGCAAAACCCGGAAGUAACCCGUUCCGGUACUUCCGGGUUGCUGUGGGACAUAACGCGAAAAGACAAACAUGAAGUGGACGCAACACGAGGUAUGACUGUACAGAGACAGUAGGGCUGGGUGAUUGCCGGUUUUCAACAUUGCAAUACAGUAUAUCACCAGCUAACCAUUGCGAUAUACUGAUAUAUCACUAUGUCUGAAAUGAGGAUGGAGCUAUGCAGAGGCGUUGGCUGGCUUCACGGUUUUCCCCGCAUUGUGAUUUUUGCAAAGCACAUGCACACAUAAUAAUUUGCAAUAUAUUGCCAGGUCAAAAACUAUCAAACCGAUAUCAUGGUUUGGAUUUCAGACUGGUUUUGGAUGAAAUAUCACCCAGCCCUAAGCGAGAGAAGAAAAAGAGAAAACCUUAGAGAAAGAGAAAGAAAGAUAAAAGUACUUCCCCCGGCUCUCUGUCCUGCAGCCAAAUACAGUAUUCACUCAUUAAGAUCCAACCAUUCUAUCGUCUGUAAACCAGUAUUUUUUCGAUCUUCAAAUCCAGAUAUUACAAGUUCAUGUUCUCUUUUCUGCAAAAAGUCCACAAGUUCAAAUGGACUUUAAAGAGUUUGUAUUACAUCCUCCAUCUCCUUGUCUCUCUCUUUUCCCCCACCCAAAGGCACAUUGGCUCGUCACAUGUUGAAAUCUCUAUGACUCUCUCUAACCGCAUCGCAUCGUGCACUGUCUCCCAGCUGAAGUUGGGUGCCACAGCCCCUCCCCAAAAGCCCCAACAUCACAGGCCAUUUCCAGUCAUGUUUCCACAUCUGCCUCUGACCUGUAAGCUUGGGGAGAAGACCCUCCAACAUUAAGCUAUUUGGCCAUGGAAAUGACUUGUGGGCACAUCAACUGGAGUUUCUAGCCUCACUCCAACUAUUUGUUGCAUGGCUUUUAUGUUUGCUAGCGAACCGCGUACUUCCUUGUGCACAGGUGGAGAUUCAUGCCUCUUCACAGGCAUUUGCUCAAACGCCUGCCUCGAUUUCCAUAAGCCUUUAGUGACAGAAAGAUACAGGCUAUUAUUUUAUUUCUUUAUUUUGGCUUAGGUGGUGCCUGGCCAACUCAGAUGGUUUUCUCUCCUGGCUUUGGAAUCUCCCCGGUCUCUUCGUUCCCAUCGCGUGUCCCACCCCCCUCCUCAAGUGCUCAUUGUUCUCCUGUCUCUUCCUCUCUUUGCAGCAAAUGGGGGGGUCCCAGCCCCUGGGAUCCACGGCCGGCGCACAGCCAUUCCUGGCAAAGCAGCCUGGUGCUUUGCCGGUGACACAGGGGGUCCAGCAGCAGGUAAGAAGGGGGAUGAGAAAGGAAGAGAGAGAGUGUGUAGAAGAGACAUGAAUGGAAGAAUGUAGUAUUAUUCAAUAUGGAGCAAUGGUGGUGGGAAGUUAAAAGGGGGGGAAUUGUUAACAUUUAUCAAUAAUAAUAAUAAUAAUAAUAAUAAUAUAAUAAUACAAUUAGGGAACCUAUCUUGGACUUUUCGUAGGAAAAAGAAAUGAAUGGUUAUGCGACACCUUGGCUUAAAAGAAAUAUUGUUUAACAGAAAGUGGAUGUUUGUAUGGAUCAAAAGUUUUAAGUAAUCAUAUUUUCUGGGGUUUUUUAUGUAACCAGCAGAUGGAAAACCGUUCUUUUGUUAAUGUCUUCUUCUUCUUCUUUCCCCCUCUCUUUCUUUUCUUUAUUUCUAUUCUCCCUUACUUUUCUGUUUUUACUUAUUCGAUUUGUAUCUUCUGCAGUUGGGAUUUUACUGUAUCAUGGGAUAAUCUUAAUAAAAAAUCUUAAAGGGAGGAAAAAAGGCAGAAGAGAGUUUGCUCUAGUUGUUUGCCCGGCGAGGGUGGGAAGCAGCCGUAAUGAGGAGCAAUGGGGGGAGGCUAUCCGUUGACAACCCUGGCAUCGCACUGCCUGCGCUCCUUUCUCAUUGGCCACCUCCCUGCGUAAUGCCCCCCUUUUUUAUUGCAGAUGGGUGGGCAGCAGGUGAGCCCUGGCAUGCCUCAGGUGGGAAUUAUGGAAGAGCAGCAACGGCAGCAGGGUCUGGUGAGUCGCUUUGCAAAAGGGGGGGCUCAUGCCGCCCUCGGAGCCCCAGUCUUUCAUGCAGCUCACCCUCACUGACCCCAUGGGGCUGAGUCCUAAAACCCAAAGGGAGAUGUAUAGGGUAAGGGGGAUACCUCUGGGGAUUAACCUGGCUGCCUAAUAUCCUAACGUUUCCGAGCACAAUUCAAAGUGUUGGUGUUGGCCUUUAAAGCCCUAAACAGCCGCAGCCCGGUAUACCUGAAGGAGCGUCUCCACCCCCAUCUUUCAGCCCGGACACUGAGGUCCAGCGCCAAGGGCCUUCUGGGGGGUUCCCUCCCUGCGAGAAGUGAGGUUACAGGGAACCAGGCAGAGGGCCUUCUUGUAGUGGCGCCUGCCCUGUGGAACGCCCUCCCAUCAGAUGUCAAGGAAAUAAGCAGCUAUCUUAUCUUUAAAAGACAUCUGAAGGCAGCCCUGUUCAGGGAGGUUUUUAAUGUGUGACAUUUUAAUGUAUUUUUAAUCUUUGUUGGAAGCUGCCCAGAGCAGCUGGGGAAACUCAGCCAGAUGGGCGGGGUACAAAUAAUAAAUUACUAUUACUAUUAUUACUAACUGAUGUGGCACUUCAGUUAGAAAACCCAGUACUCUAGCGACACCAACAGGCCUAAAUUUUAUCUCUGCCACACUUGUUUUUCUCUUGCUGUCUCAGGCUGGCAGAAGCAGGCUAAGCGUGAGGUAAUAAGACAGUUCUUUUGCCAGAGAAAAACCCCGCUUUCUCACAACAGCCUGUCUUCCCUUCAGGCAAACCUCUGUGGUCUAAACCACGGAGCCUCUUGGGCCUGCCAAUUGGGAGGAUGGCAGUUCGAAUCCCCGCAAUGGGGUGAGCCCCCGUUGCUCUGUCCCAGCUCCUGCCAACAUAGCAGUUCAAAAGCACUCCAGUGCAAGUAGAUAAAAAGGUACCACUCUGGCGGGAAGGUAAACGGCGUUUCCGUGAGCUCUGGUUUCCAUCAUGAUGUUCCGUUGUGCCAGAAGUGGUUUAGUCCUGCUGGCCACAAGACCCGGAAGGUUGUCUAUGGACAAACACCAACUCCCUCGGCCUGAAAGUGAGAUAAGCGCCGCAACUCCAUAGUUGCUUUUGACUGGACUUAACCAUCCAGGGGUCCUUUAAAGGUAAAGGUAAAGGGACCCCUGACCAUUAGGUCCAGUCGUGACUGACUCUGGGGUUGCGGCGCUCAUCUCGCUUUAUUGGCCGAGGGAGCCGGCGUACAGCUUCCAGGUCAUGUGGCCAGCAUGGCUAAGCUGCUUCUGGCGAACCAGAGCAGCGCACGGAAACGCUGUUUACCUUCCCACUGGAGCCGUACCUAUUUAUUUACUUGCACUUUGACGUGCUUUUGAACUGCUAGGUUGGCAGGAGCAGGGACCGAGCAACAGGAGUUCACCCCACCGCGGGGAUUCGAACCGCCGACCUUCUGAUCGGCAAGUCCUAGGCUCUGUGGUUUAACCCACAGCGCCACCCGCGUCCCUAGGGGUCCUUUACCUUUACCUAUAAUACCCUUUUGCAAUCUGGCUGCUGCAGAAGCAUUGCAAAUAAUAUGCGUACCUGCUCUGGGUGGCUGCCGAUCUUUGUACCUAUCAACUGAAUCACUCACAGAGACACAUGUGCUGUUGUUGGUCCCGGAUGGUGUUUUAUUAGCUGCCCCCCUCCAUUUUGGCAAAGGGGUUUGGGUGGCAGCCCAUCUUGUGGGUCGAUCUCUGCAUUGCCCUUUCACGUGUCUCUCAUUCGCCAGGCACUGUUAGAUUGUAUAUGGAGGAUGCAGGCCCAACCUAACCCUGAGCUGGGGUGAAGCCACUUCACUGGGUGGGAACAGCAGGGCAGGGCAAGGCAGUACGGCCUGUUUCACCUCAAGUGCCGAAAGGGGAUUCUCCACCCCUCGGAAGCCAGAAUGGCAAGCUUGACCAUGUUUUCUUCUUUUCCCGCCCCCCAGUUGCAGCUCCGAGUGCAGCAGCCUCAGCCAGCAGCUCCAGCCACCAACCAGCCUCCGCAGGCACAAGGCCCCCCCCAGGCCGGGCCCCAGGCCACACAAGCAGGCGCCAUGCUUAGACCCCAGAACCCUGGAGCCAAUCCUCAGCUCCGCAGCCUCCUCCUGAGCCAGCAGCCGGUAAGGGCGAUCUCCCUCCUCUCUCCCAUGGCAUCCUGCUUUAAAAAAAAAAAACCAUUCAUUUACUUAGAACCAUAGAACUUUCAAAGUGGUCAUUAGCGCCAGGCGAAAAUGUUCCUCUUUAGCCAGGCCUUUGGCUGAUUGACAUCCAGUGCCCUUUUAAAAUGUGUUAUUGGGUUGCUCUUGUUUUUGUUUUUAUUAUGUAUUUUUAUGUUUUUAUCUUGUGGACUCCUGAGACAGGCAGGUGCAGGGCGGUAUACAAAUUUAAUCAUAAUGAUGCCAUAGUAAUGAAUGCUGUAGACGGAAAACCGCUAGACGAAAGGAUUAUUGCGUUUUGAGUCUUCGUAGAAUUCUCUAUGGCUUGCUUCAAGAUUAAUGUCAUAGUCUUGUGAUGUGUGUCGCUCUAUAUAUAUAUAGCCGCUAUAUAUAUAUAGCCUAUAUAUAGCUAUAUAUAUAUUCGAUAGCUUUAAUAGCCGCUGUGAACUUCUCUGAUAUCUAUGGAUGAAGGGCGGCCUUCAAAUUUAAUAAAUGAUGAUGAUGAUGAUGAUAACAACAACAGCAACAAUAGCCCAGCCCUGCUCAGUUCAAGUCCUGUGAUUUUGGUGCAAGAGAAUGAGUCGGUUCAAUCUUCUGCAUAACAGCGUUUGAGCUGUUUCAAGGCAAUUUCACGAAGGAUCUGGAUUGAUCUGGAACCGUGCAAGAGCUGUUUUGGGAAUGACAAGAUUCCCCCAUUUAGCUCUGCCAAUAGGAGGGUCCACCGUGAUUCUCUUGGACAUAGAAUCAUAGAGUCGGAAGGGACCCUGAGGAUCAUGUAGUCCAACCCCCUGCAAUGCAAGAAUAGACAGCUGUCCCAUAUGGGGAUCGAACCUGCAACCUUGGUGUUAUCAGCACCGUAUUCUAGCCAACCGUUCUCUCUCAGUGGAGGAAGCCUGCUGGAGAGGGUGACUCCUCCGUAGGAAUAUCCAAAGCAGGGCCAAGUAAACUGCUAUACUCCUCUCCAGUAGAGGUCAGUCCACCGUCACUGGCAGAAGAAACGGAGAGCUUUUGUAUAAUCUCCAGGGCCAUCGGCCACAAAGCUUUUCCUCUUAACCUAGAUGUAUAUUCAAUCCUUCACCGAAGUCCCACCCCACCCCUGCUUCUUUUAGAGCAGGAAUGUCCAACAGGUCGAUCGUGAUCUACUGGUAGAUCCCCGGGAGGUUUUGGUAGAUUGCGGUCGAUCGCUGGGUCCCUUUCCUUAGCGUUGGUAAAAUAGAAUCCUGCCCCGCCAACUCACCCUACCCUCCAUUGUUGCACGGUCUGGGAAGACAGAGUUUACUCAGUGAGGCUGUUGGUUUGUUUCCCCAGCGAUCUGUUGGCGAGUGGCUGAUCCCCUUUCUCCCACAAGCUGUGACCUGAACCCCUAAAAAAUGGGGCUAUCCUCCUCCUUAAAAGCUCAACAACUUUGACCUGAACCCCCAAAAAGGGUGUAGAUCACUGCCAGUUUUUAAUUCUGUCAGUAGAUUGCAGUCUCUUGGGAGUUGGCCCCCUCCCCUGUUUUAGAGGAACCAGGGUCCAAAGCCUAUACUGAGCAGGUACACACUGCAGUACACCUGAAGUGCUGGCCAGGUGGGUGAAGGGAAUGGAAUCGCCUUCUGGUAGAGGGAGAAAAUAGCCCCACGGCCUCUCAUAUGUGGAGAGAUAGCCUUGUGCCUUGUGUUAGCCACUCAGGGCAGACCCUGGUACCUAGGAGAAAGGUGGCGGCAGCAAUAUUUGAGAGAGGGAGGGAUGGAGACUUCUAAGAUGGAAGUAGUUGCAUUCGGAAGGUGGGAUGCUGAGGGCGAGACGGAAAGGAGCAAUCGCUUUGCAGUGUCUGCUCUGCAGUGUUGCUCAGAAGGUGUACCUGUUUGAAGACUCGUCUCCUCUUCCCACUGUGAACGAAUCAUCUCUUGCCCUCUGAUCUUCUCUACCUUCCCUCCUGCACAGCCCCAGGCGGGAGUUCCUCAAUCCCAGCAGCCCCUCCACCACCUCCAGCAAGGUUCUCCGGGAAUGUUGCCCCACCAGCCCAUGGGAACAGCUCUGGGGCAUCAGCCUCCUGGACAGCAGCAGCUCCAGCUCGCUGGACAGACCCUCAUGCACCAAGCUCCAGGGCAAGCGUGGCCAGGGCAGAUGGGACCGCGGGCGGCGCUGCCAGGUAGGAUGCGCGAAAUCUGCCUAGAACCAAACAGCCAGAUGCCUUUGCCACUCCGGAAGCAGCUGUAUCUAAGAGCUGGGGGGGGAGGGUCUUUGUUUUUGGCCCAGAGAGUGGCAGGGAAGAAACAGGGAGAUCAUCAGCAUCUUGAUGACACCUCACCCCAACUUCCCCGAUGUUGGCACUCAGCGGCUUCUUAUGGGAUAAGGAGCUGAUCUUUGCAGAACUCCACAACACAGUUGCCAUGGGAUGAAGUCUGCUCCCGCGAGUAGAAGCAGUGCCCCCCCCCAACUUACAGAGCCAGUUCUGGAAGAUAAAAAGGACCCCUGACCAUGAGGUCCAGUCGUGACUGACUCUGGGGUUGCGGCGCUCAUCUCGCUUUACUGGCCGAGGGAGCCGGCGUACAGCUUCCGGGUCAUGUGGCCAGCAUGACCAAGCCGCUUCUGGCGAACCAGAGCAGUGCACGGAAAUGCCAUUUACCUUCCCGCCGGAGCGGUACCUAUUUAUCUACUUGCACUUUGACAUGCUUUUGAACUGCUAGGUGGGCAGGAGCAGGGACUGAGCAACGGGAGCUCACCCCGUUGUGGGGAUUCAAACCACCAACCUUCUGAUCGGCAAGUCCUAGGCUCUGUGGUUUAACCCACAGCGCCACCCGCGAAGAUACCCCAUAGUUGAUCAGAAAGAAUCGGCAAGAGUUAUGCUCCCCUCCUUCCUCUCAAGUCAAGGCAACCAAAGCUUUUCUCGGUGGCAAAACCAGGCUGAAACAGGUCUAGAUAAUCUGCUUCCACCUUUCUCCUUGUCUAUAAUGGCCUUCCCUGCUGUAUCUCCCCCUCCCAGGUCAAAUGCUGAUGAACGCUGGUCCCCGGGGGCCAGUCUCCCAGCCAGGUUUGCAGCAGGUUCCUGCCCCCAGCAUCAUGGAAGACGACAUCCUCCGAGACCUCAUCUGAUGGCGGAGGGUCCUGCUCCAACGCCACCCGGGGUGGAGAUUGUUUCUGCGUUGCGGACAGUGCUGCUCUUCCGGAAAACAUUGCCAUCUUCCUUUCUUUGUGUGUAAUAUUCCCCCCACCCCCCGUUUGUUAAUAAAUGUUAUCCUCUUCCCUUUG